UUAAUACGCAGAUAGCGAAAGCUUUGCACGGCUGAUGGAAUAACAGCAGAAGGAAAGUAGAAAAAGGGGGAGGGGAAGAAUAUACAGUGCGGGAGGAAAUUGACACCAUCUGCAUUUUUAAUCUUUAAAGUGAGCUGGUAAACUACAAUGGCUGAUGAAAAUGACAAUAAAUGCAAUAGUUUUAACGUGUUGAACUGGGAACAAGUGCAGCGGCUGGACAGGAUCCUAACGGAGACUAUCCCAAUCCAUGGGCGAGGCAAUUUCCCGACGCUAGAGGUGAAGCCUCGGCAAAUCGUGCAGGUGGUGCGGAGCCGCUUGGAGGAGAAGCGCAUCUAUGUGCGGGACGUGAGGCUGAACGGCUCGGCGGCCAGUCACGUCCUGCACCAACACAGCGGACUGGGCUACAAGGACCUGGACCUUAUCUUCCGGGCGGACCUCAGCGGCGACAAGGAGUUUCAAAUUGUCAAGAAUGUGGUGCUGGACUGCCUGUUGGAUUUCCUCCCGGAGGGUGUCAACAAGGAAAAGAUCACACCACUGACCCUGAAGGAAGCCUACGUGCAGAAGAUGGUCAAGGUUUGCAACGACUCGGACCGCUGGAGCCUCAUCUCGCUGUCCAACAACAGCGGUAAGAACGUGGAGCUAAAGUUCGUGGACUCGCUAAGGAGGCAGUUCGAGUUCAGCGUGGAUGCUUUCCAAAUCAACCUGGACUCGCUCUUGCUCUUUUACGAGUGCUCCGAGAACCCCAUGUCUGAGCACUUCCACCCGAGCAUCCUGGGCGAGAGCGUGUACGGCGACUUCGCUGAGGCCCUGGAGCACCUGCAGCAGCGGCUGAUCGCCACGAGGAACCCCGAGGAGAUCCGCGGCGGCGGUCUGCUCAAGUACUGUAAUCUGCUGGUGCGGGGCUUCCGAGCCGCGUCCGAGAGCGAGAUGAAAGCCAUGCAGAGGUACAUGUGCUCCCGUUUCUUCAUCGACUUCUCCGACAUCGGUGAGCAGCAGCGCAAACUGGAGUCCUACCUGCAGAAUCACUUCAUGGGACUAGAGGACCGCAAGUACGACUACCUGCUGACCCUGCAGCGGGUGGUCAACGAGAGCACCGUCUGCCUGAUGGGCCAUGAGCGGAGACAGACGCUGAACCUCAUCACCAUGUUGGCCCUCCGCGUCCUGGCUGAGCAGAACAUCAUCCCCAACGUGGCCAACGUGACCUGCUAUUACCAGCCGGCACCUUAUGUCACCGACGCCAAUUUCAACAAUUAUUACAUUGCUCACGUACAGCCGGUGUUCCCCUGCCAGCAGCACAACUAUUCCACUUGGUUACCUUGUAACUGAAAGAAACUAGGGGCGAGAAUGACAACGGUGGGGUGGGCGAGGACAAACACGGGGUGAUAUCUGGAGCCGACACGGCAGGUGAAGGGUUAAAUCCGCUGGGACUAGGGAAAGGAGACACUUGCAACUAGUGUGUAUUAGCGAUGGGGCGACUGGGAUAGAGGGCAGGAACGUUUACCCAGGCUCGGUUUGUUUAGUGCAAUGUUGAUCUACUCCAAGUUUGAGAUUUUUAAAUUGAAAAGAAUUAGCUUUUUUUGGAGAUGAUCGAAUUUUUUUUUGAAACGAUGACAAAUCGAUUCAAUUCCGAGCCUGAAGUGGACAUCUCGACUAUCUAUAUAUUAAAAAAAACCCUUUUCUGGCUCCCCCACUCACUGGUUCCCCCGCCCCCUCCCACUCUGAGGCUUGGCCGAGAACAGACAACAUGGGAUUUCAGCACCCGUAGCCUUUUCUGCUGAGGAUUGAAGAGCCUCUUGGGUUUUUUUGUAGAUGCUGAUUCGUAGGUGAGGGGGGGGGUGAAUCCUCCCCGUUUUCCUUUCUCGCCCUGUUCUCCGACCCAUAUGGUAAGUCGAAUGUAGCAAAUCAAUCGAAAACGCAGCGAAUAGCAAUGACUUGCCUUUGCGGAAGAGGGAGCGGUAACGGUUGCACUUCAGGUUGCAAAUACUAUGGAUGAUAUACCGAGGUGAACUGCUGCAUCACGGUUGCUUGUUUCUGCUUUUGGAGAGUUUUUUUUUCCUGAAAAUCCAAGCGUUUGUCCCAGACACAAGCAAGGCUGUUAGCGGGUGUCGACAGAAGUCGCUCUUGUGCUGUCCACGGCUCCUGGUUAAAGAGCGCACGCUUCACUUUCUUACUGAUCGUGGAAAUGUAUGCAGAACGCUGUGACUAAUUGUUUAUGGACCAAAGAUUUUUCCAUUUUCAUAUAUCCAUAUCUAUAUCUUAAAAACAAAACCCAUGGAAAAAGAUGUGGCUAAUUUAUAUUUGUCUACAUGAACAUGAAUCAAGUGCCUAUUGCCUAUAAUGAUGGAAUGGAGAUACUGUAUUCAAAUCUUGUGGCUUAAUCCACAUUUUUUUUCUUUACAUCAGGGACAAAAAAAAACGUGUUCUUGCACGAAUUACUAAAUUCCCUAUUUUCUUGGAAAAUACUUGUAUUAAAAAUAUUCUGUUUAUGUGAUAGAUUAAAAAGUAUGUAUUGUCUUGGACGGUGUAGCACUUAGACAAAUACUUAAGCAAAGUACUUUAUAUUUUCCAGUUUGUAAUAAGUUCCUUGGCGUUUUUUUUCCCUCGCCUCAUUUACAGGUACGUUGUACUGUGCGCUGCAACUGCAUUUGAGUUUCUAAAGUUAAAAGCAUAGGUGGGUGUCCCGGAAGAAAAUGAAGUUGGGAAUGGAAGAAAGACUGUGAAUUUUUUGUUUGGUUAUCUAAACAAAUAGUGGGGGCAGGUAGCCUAGCGAAUCAGUGAAGUCCUAUUAGAAGUUAGAGCUUGGCACAGUGGAGCAUUGCCCAGCAGCAAGCUCUCCAAUGAUAGAAUAAAAAGCUGACCCAGUGUUUCAUUGGAAAUAACAUUGGGUAUGGUUGAUUUGAUUUGUCAGGGUCAUGUGCUGAUUUUUAAUUUGACAGUUGUUGGGAGCAAGCCUUCUUUUGAACCACCAAAGAAAAAGGAAACACUGACUUUGGCUUUAAACUUAAUGAUAUUGGAAGUGAUUGAAUCUGGUUAGGAGACAGAGCCAGUGACUAAACUGGAAAUGCAUUCUUAGUUUUGCAUAUUUGACAAGUGUGUGGCAAUGAAGAGGAAGAAAUCUUUAACUGUUUAACUUUAGGCAACAAUAACCAGUCAAAAAUUGCAUCACUACUUUAAUUGAAAUGUUGGUCUUUCCCUUUAGUUUACUAUUAAAAAAAACUUUAGUUUGAUAGUAAAUAGUGUAAUUUUCUUUUGCUUCCAAAUGCUUGUUAGCAGUUAAUUGUGCCUAACAUGCUGGGCCUCAAUGCCCCUAUGAUAAAUUUGCCUUUUUCAAAGUUUCCCCUUUUAAUGGUGUAUAUUUCCAAAGUUUGUAACCACAGCCAAACAAUUGCUGUAAGCCCUCCAGAUAUUGCAAGAGUUUAAACGGAUUGAGGUGGCGGGAAGAAACUAAGCACUUUCAACUGAAUCUAGAGCUGGGAGAAACCUUCAGUUUGCAAAGGGAUUGGUGUGCCAGCUGAUGAGGUUUAAACUAUUGUUAAUAAAAAAGGUACUUGCUUGAAUAGUCCGUUCCAGAAUUUUGAUCUGUUAUUUAAAUGAAAAACCUCAUUGUGGAGAUGGGGCUAAAGAUCGACAAUUAAAGGGAAGUUAUAUCAAUGUAUUCUGUAUUUAUCAAAAGCUCAAUUUGUUAGCUGAUGCACAUUACAUAUUUAUACUGCAAUUUUUGUCAGUCUCUUGAAAUGCAGCACACUAAUGUUUACUUGAGAGAACUGAAAUAGUGGGGGCAGGUAAUACCUUUGUUCUAAGUUUGCUGGUGUGUAUUUUGCUGUUUGUUUGGUGUAGUACUCCAGUGAUUUUGUAAAAAGGGUCAUUUUCCUUCAGUUCGUACGAGUGAUGCCAAUGAGAAGUACUUGACAGCUGCAUUGUGAGGCUUUGAAUGGAAGUGCCAAGGGAAGAACAGGGGAAAUGGGAUCUGCUGGUGACCAGGGUGUGUUCAUUAUUGUUGCUUAUUUAAAGUUGCCAUCAAGGUCAUUCUCCAUCAAUGAGACAUCCUUUUUGAGGUCAGCAGGACUUCCAGAGCAGGCUGUAGGCAUUGAAUCAAUUAAAAAUACACUGCAAAAUAAGAACUUUGAGGCUGAUUUUUAAGCACAGGAUUGAGGGUGCGGCUGGGUGUUGGGAAAAGAGAAGAUCUAACAUGGAUCACUGCCACAUUAACAACAUGUCAAAUGACAUGUAAUGUGGUAGCAAAUACAAGUAAGUAGCCAGAGUGUAUUUUUAAACUCUAGGUGGAAAUUGAGACCAGAAGCAGCCAUAAUUUUUCUUGUUCAACUGGUGGAGGGGAGGUGGAGGUAUUCUCAAUUCGGUUUAAAGCACAGUAACAACAGGAGGGCUCAGAUAUCAAUAUUUUGUUCUGUAACAGUGAAUAGGAUUUUAGCUGGAUGUGGCACUUUCAUCAUCAGUAACUUUUUUUAAAAUCGUUGGCUUUGUACUUAAACAUUGAUAGUGGAAAAAUCAUUACACAUGCCUUCGUUCUUGAAUUGGUUUAUCUAAACUUCACUUUUUUGUUGCUUUAAUUUGUACUGAAGUAUCCUCUGAAGUGUGUUUAAAAUGCAUUCUUCCACUUUCCUUCCCAUUGCUUAUAACCACUGGUGAGUGAAAACUGCUAUUCCAAUGAGAUAAUAAAGUGCACACCAGCUGAAAUUCUGAGUGAGUGCUUGUAGCUUGCAAUCUUAAGCUAAAUAAACUGUAUUCCCUUGUGUGAUUGAUGCUUUUGUUGUGUUGGAAUGUUAAUCUUCCAUCCCCCUCAACCCCCAUUGUAAAAAUAAUAAACUAUUUAUCACGAAGACUUGCGGGCAAAUUGAAGAGUUUUGAGUGCCCAAAAAUCUACACCAUCUUGGUUUGCUCUCAACAAGAGCUUGGAAAUAUGAAGGAGGCUCUGUGCAUUUACUUUCUCUUCAACUGCCGCACAUAUAAUAUAUAUGGCUUCUGAGAGGCUUCCUUUUGCAGCAAACUGUGACUUGGAUUUGUCCGCUGGACUUUUCAGUGACUGGAGGGGCUCUAUCAAAGAGGAAACCAAAUAGUUGAUGGAACCUAGACUUUAAAGCAUCUGUGUGAGUCACAAGGGGAACCGAUUGUGAAUUUGU